AAGGACUUAAUGCCCAACUCUAGGCCAGCCAAGCCCUUGGCCCCUUCCUUGGCCCUCAGUCCACCCUUGGAGCCUUUAUGCAACUGGAGGGCUGCACCCAAGACCUCAGAUUUGUUGGAGGCCCGAGGCCCAGGGGAAAUCUUCCAGGGCUGGGACCUCCAAGGUGGGGCCCAUGCCUCCUCCUCAUCAUUGAACCCCUUCCCACCAUCGCAGAUGCAGCUGCCCACCAUGCCCCUGGUCAUGGUGACACCCUCCAGAGCACAGCUGAGCCCCUCACCCUACUUGCAGGCACUCCUCCAGGAGAGACCACACAUCAUGCAUCAGCUCUCAACAAUGGGUGCCCAUGCUCGGACCUCUAUGCUGCAGGUGCAACCCCUGGAAAGCCCAGCCAUGAUUGGCCUCCCAUCUCCCACCGCUGCUACCGGAGUCUUCUCCCUCAAGGCUCGAUCUGGUCUGCCACCUGGGAUCAACAUGGCCAACCUGGAGUGGUUGUCCAGGGAACCGAAGCUGCUGUGCACCUUUCCCAGUCCUAAGGCAUCCAGGAAGGACAGUACCCUUUCAGCCAUACCCCAGGGUUCCUACCCACUUCUGGCAAAAGGCAUCUGCAAGUGGCCUGGAUGUGAGAAGGUCUUUGAGGAGCCAGAGGACUUCCUCAAGCACUGCCAGGAAGACCAUCUCCUGGAUGAGAAAGGCAGAGCACAAUGUCUCCUCCAGAAAGAGAUGGUGCAAUCUCUGGAACAACAGCUGGUACUGGAGAAAGAGAAGCUAGGUGCCAUGCAGGCCCACCUGGCUGGGAAGAUGGCACUGACCACAGCUCCAUCUGCGGAACCCUCCAACAAGAACUCCUGCUGCAUUGCAGCCACAGGUACCUCAGGUAGUGCCCACGCCACCUGGUCUGCUCCUGGGGAGGCCUCCAAUGGCCUAUUUGCUGUGAGGAGGCACCUUUGGGGCAGUCAUGGAAAUAGCACAUUCCCAGAGUUCUUCCACAACAUGGACUACUUCAAGUUCCACAACAUGCGGCCCCCUUUUACUUAUGCUACUCUCAUCCGAUGGGCCAUCCUGGAGGCUCCUGAGAAGCAGCGGACACUCAAUGAGAUCUACCACUGGUUCACACACAUGUUUGCCUUCUUCAGAAACCACCCUGCCACCUGGAAGAAUGCCAUCCGCCACAACCUGAGCCUGCACAAGUGCUUUGUGCGGGUAGAGAGUGAGAAGGGAGCUGUGUGGACUGUGGAUGAGUUUGAGUUCCGCAAGAAGAGGAGUCAGAAACCCAGCAGGUGCUCCAAACUCACACCCAGCCCUUGA